UGGUGUCAAUGGAAGACGCCCGGGACGCAUGAGGUUCCAUUUGCAGCCAGGUCGUCCUGAACUGGGUUGCAAUUCCGCGGCGGCUUCACACAAGGCGCUACUUAUGUCCCAAUAGACACGAUAAGAGAUGGCACACACUUUCACGUUGAACGAGCUGGUCAACCUGUCCAUCGGCACCCCCGAGGUGGGUGUGUGCAACUUCAACGCGUUGCAUGCGCUCUUGCACGGUAUCCUGGAGCACCUGAACCUACAGGACGCGCAGAAGACGGUGGAAGAAGUUGAGGUGGAGUUCAUCAAACCCAAGAGGUCCAAGGACAAGGUCCCCGAGGAUGAAGCGCCAGCUUCGGAAGAAACCGCGGAGAAGGAGCCGAAGGAAAGCGGGAAAUCGGUCUCGCUCUUCCACCAGCUGGAGGAAAAAGUGGCCAAGCUGCAGAACGCCAUGGAGGUGUUGGGGCAGCUGCCCAGUGUCCCGGAGCUCAUGGCCCGCAGCCAGGCGGAGACCAGCAGUCGCAAGUACUCGGUCAGCAGCAGCAUCGGCGUGGGCGGAGCAGGGCCAGUGAAGGAGAUGUGGCAACUCAUGCAGGUCAAAAAAAAGGUGGAAGCCAACGAGGAUGGAGUCCACAAGGCGAUGGGAUCACUACAAGAAUUGAUGAAUGCGAUUAAUCUCUUGACUAGCAACCAUGAGAAUAUGAAGAAGGACCUUGAGAAACUGCAGCAAAGCAAAACACGGAACACUGAAGAGACGACUCGAAAAUUGAGUAAUUUUGAAGACGCGCUGAAUAAUCUGCCAGACCCAAAAGAUUUUGUUUUGUGGAAUACUGUGCAGACAAUGCUUAACAAAGAGCUUGAUUAUAAUUCAAAAAUAUCUUUGCUCGCCCUUCAACCAGAAUUGAUGGAACUGGAGACGAAUGAUGAAGGUCAAAAGGUGCCUUCAGCACAGCGAACCCCAGCCUUAACCGCUCUGCAUCAACUGUCUCAAUUGCCAACCCUACACGAGAGUCUUAAAAUCAGAGUAGAUUUGCUGGAAGAGGAACUCAAACGCCAAAUGGAGGAAUUAGAAAAGAAAGGUGUUCCUGAUGAUCUGUUGAUGAGAUUGGACUUACUCGAGAAUGGAGCGCAAAUCCAGCAGAAUGAAAAUAGUCAGGAUAGAGAAUUGUUGGCAGCCCUCAAGAGGAAGUUGGAAGAAAUGGAAGAAGAUUUUGAAGGCCGCCUUGCUGUGUUGCAGGCUGACCACGAUGAGCUCCAGGGUAUUCUUGAAAAGUUGGACCAACUUGAGGAAAAGAAGGUUGACAAAGAGUUUUUGGAAAUGGAGAUUAACGGGAAAGCCGACAAAAAGUCAUUAGAAUCGAAAGUGAGUCGAACGCUUCUUGACGCAACGGCACAGCAAUUGAACGCAAUGAUGCAGGAGCUGUUAAAUAAGGUGUGCGCGCAGGAGAAGGACUGGCAGAAGGUGCUGGAGAAACUUCUUUGUGACAUGGAUUGCAAGCUGGAUCGAAUGGAGUUGGAUCCUCUAAAGAAACAGUUGGAGGAUCGAUGGAAACAGCUGAAAAAACAACUGAGAAACGGCCCGGGAUUUGAGGCCGAUUCUGCAGCUGGAUUCAGAAAGCAGUUGCUGGAGCGAUUUAAGUGCCUUUCCUGUGCCAAAUCCACAAGGAUGAUGCCCGGACCACACCUGAUCACAAUAGCAGCAUCAGCAUUGCAUCCUAGAAUCCGUCCAACCACCGCACCUGAACUGGAUUCUCUGAAGCAACAAAGGGGAAGUAUGACCAAUGAUUACUACGAGACCAUGGGCAGAAGUUCGAUUCGACCUUGUGGUGGCAGUCACACUGUCACGGGCCCGGUCAGCAGGCGGAAUGGCCGUGGUAUAAAUUAUCAAACCGUCUACCAGUACGGUGACCCCAGCCCACCAUACCGACGGGAAGAGGUUGAGCUUCAAGGCAUUGAUGGCGUAAUGUACAAGGGGCGACUUGAUCCCAAGCUUCCGACAAUAUAUCAGAUGCAAGAUGAUGAGCCAUUGGAGAAGAAAAUGAGUGGAACGAAACAGCAAGUCGCUCGGCCAGAAGCUCCUCCUGUUUCUCCAAAAUGUGUUUACUGCAAUCAAACUUGUAUGGGCCCACGUCCUCCUGAUCCAUGUCUACAGAGGUCCAUGGCACAAGACACCUCCAACAUUUGCCGAUGCCUAGCAUCUGCCGCCCGACCCGCUGAUGCAGAUAUGAUGCAGCAGAGGCCCACGUCACAGGAUAUCUCCAACAUUUGUCGAUGCCUAGCUGCAAUGUGCGCUCCACAAGAUUUCGGAAACACAGCUGGGCUAAUGCAUGGCACAGAACUCGUAUGUCCGAAGCAUCAGGAUCAAGAACCUAUAAGUCAAUGCCCAGGGAGAGGUCCGGUGAAAGUGUUUUGCCCUCCUCAGCCUGAAGAAGCUGCUCGUUUGGCCUCUGCCAACGUCAAUUGUGCAAAAUGAACUGCUCCUGCCACAUGAGCAAGGGGAUGCACCUCAGUAAGAGACAGCAACCCUAUACGAUCGUGCUCUGGUGUUUGAAAGUUAAAGGAAUGUGAAUUAGAGAGAAGAAUUUGUUCGUAUCUCAACAUUGGACCUGAAGAAAAAGUAAAUAUGUGAUUCUAACCUGAAUUACAUGGAACAACAGGAUUUUCGUCCAGUGGAGCAUUUUCCUUUAUUAAAUAUAAUUAGUAUUCCAGUUACUUGGAACAGUUUGAGAUCUGGCUAACAGGAGGAAUUAAUAAAAAAUCUUCACCGAUGGAAAGAUACAGCGUUACUUUACAUCUGUAGCUCACGAGUUCUUGUUUAGUUUAGAUAUACAGCGCGGAAACAGGCCCUUCGGCCUGUGAAUAUUAGAAAUUGGGUUACUUGGGGAAAAUGGAAGAUGUCAGUGUAAAGAUCUGUGAAACCUGCUUGACAUAAUUUGCAGGAGUUGUAGAACCAUGUGACAUAGAUGGCUCGAGGGAGUCUGAAACCUAGGAAGGGGUUGCAGACAAAGAUCCUAUAGCGGAGCAAGAUAGACCACUCCUGCUAAAUGCAAUGGGCUGACACAACGGAACGGAACGUGGGUCUUUUUUUAAUCAAUUUCCGUAACCGGG